AUGAAGGCCUUUCUGAGGAGCUCCGAUGGCAUCUUGGCACUCAGGCCAAAGAUAACCACGAUAGGAAAGCACGAUGAUUCGGACAUCGUUCUUAAGUCUCCAGGGUUGGAAGACCACCACGCUGCCCUCGAGUUCAGCGACGCCGAGCACAGCUUUGUUCUGCGGGACUUCAACACCGGCAGUGGCUCCUUUGUGAACGACUGCCAGAUCCAGAAUGUGGCCGUGAAGGUGGGCCCGGGGGACCUGCUGCGCUUCGGCUCCGCUGGGCCGACCUUCGAGCUGGUGCUGGACCAUCCAGCUCAGGUGCCGUGUCCUCCAGUGAAUCGGCGCAUUGCCUGGCCGGGCCAAAUCCAGAUGGUGACAGAGGCAGCUCCCCUUCCUUUGGCAGCUGCUGCUCCCCAGUUUCCGUGGCUGCCCUCUCCGCAGUCCUCGCCCGCCAGCCCCAGCUGGCCCUACGCAGCAAGCGGGGCCUCGCCCCGUCCCCCCCUCCGAAAGAGGCUUCCCGGGAGCGCCUGGGGCAGGACCGUCUCCUCCUCUGCCUUCCCUCCUGAGCCUUCCAGCUGGCCUCCAGCCACCCUCACAGGCAACGGAGCCCUCCCUGCCCCUCUGGCCAUCAGCCACGCGGGGGACGCGCUUCUGAAAGAGAAGGAAGAGACCAUUUUGAGGCUGGGGGACGAAAUCAACCGCUUGUCCGCCUUAGAAAGCGAGUGCGGCCGCAAGGACACGCUGAUCGCAGAACUGCAGCACGAGAUUUUGGCCAUGAACGAGAAGGUGGUGGCAACCCUGGCCAAGAAGGACACCGAGUUCCAUCAGAAGCUGGCCAGCCUCGACAGAGAUGCCGAAGCCAAGGCCGAAGAGAUCAGGAGGCUGAAGGAGCAGGUCAGCAGUUUGCAGAAAGACACCAGCGAAGUCCUGUAUCACUCCCUCUCGGACCGCGACCUGCAAAUUGCCCACUGGAAGCAGGAGAACGAGGCGCUGAAGAAGAGCUACGCCCUCACCACAGGGCUGGUGACCAGUUUGCAGAAGGACGUGGUCUCCAAGGAGCAGCGCAUCCAGCAGUUAAAAGCGGACACCGAGAAGCUGAGGCAGGAGAGCCGGGAGAAGGACAGCCAGCUCGCCUAUAUUUCUGCCCAGUGCUCUAGAAUUAAAGUGGAGACCAAGCGGGAACUCAGGGACAGGGACCUCAGUGCCCAUCAGAGCCGGAUCGCGGAGCUGGAGCUGCAGGCCGGCCAGUCCAAGGAGGAGAUCAGAAAACGCUGCGCAGAGCAGGAGACCUUGACCCGGAGGCUGGCGGAGGCCACCCAGGCCGAAGGGCAGCUGAAGCAAGAGACACAGAGGCGAGGCCAGCAGGUGCAGGAGCUGGGCCGCCGAGAGCGCCUCCUGCGGGCGGAGAUGGAGCAGGCAGCCGCUCAGGCGCAGCGUUUCCGGGACCAGGUCGUGAGGGCCCUCUUCCCCGAACUUCCCGAGAAACCCCUAACCAAUGAGCAGAUUGUGGAGGAAAUCCGGCAGGUGCAGGAGGGCAGGCAGGGCUCUGAGCAGAAGGAGGCCGGGCUGCAGAAGGAAAUGCAGAUCCAGGCCCUGGAAAUGGAGAAGCUCUCCUCCAACCUGGCCCUGCUGAAGAAGUCGCUGGAUGGAUUUCAGGAGUUCCUGAAGACCUCUUUCUCUGCCCAGAGCCUGAAGGGGGCCAUCACCCGCCUGCAGAGCCUGCCCCUCCCGGCCCCCCUGGCCUCAGGGAUCCAGGCCUCUCUAGCCCGCAUCCUCUACGGCGUGCUGGGCUGGGUGGAGGCGCUGGAGUCUCUGCUCAGGAACAUGGGCGUGGACACCCCGGCUGGCGACCCAGCCUCUGAAAGCCCAGCAAAAGUCUGGAUUGUAGUGGUAGAUUUCUACAUUGACCAGGAAUGGAGAAUGGCCUCCUACAUGAAGCAGCUGCUGGACCAGCACCACAGCGUCACGGGGCAGGUCCAGGCCUUGCAGAACCAGCUGCGGAGGGCAGAAGAGUCCCAGCACUCCGCCCUGCGGGAGAGGCUGGAGGAGUUGGAGGAGCGGCUGGAGGGAGAGUUUCGGGCCAGAGAGAGGAAGAUUCGGGAGGAAGAGAAGCAGCAGAAGGAGAUCCUGGCCGGAAGGGCCGCCUUGGAAGAAGCCAAGUCCCAAGAAGCCCUGGAAGAGGAGAGGAAGAGGGGCCGCCUGUUGGAGGCUGAGCUGAAGGAACUCUCCCAGGUGAUCGAAGGGAGAACGCACCUGGAGAGGGCUUUAAAGACCAGGGCGGAAGAGAGUCUGGGGGCUCUGGAGGAUGCAAAGAGGGGAAAGGCGGUGGCCGAAGAGAAGCUGUCGGCCCGGGAGAGGCGGCUGCAGGGCCUGGAGGCGGAGGCCGAGUCCCUGCGGCAGAAGCACCAGCAGGAGAUCUUGGAGUACCAGGAGCAGGUCAAGCAGCACGCCAGGACCAUCGUGGAGCUGGAGGAGAGGCUGGUCAGCGCGGCCCAGCAGGCGGAGGAGGACCGGGGGGUGUCCCGGCCGAGAGAAACGAAGGAGGAGCCUUGCAGGCCCCCCCUGCUGCCUGCCUCCCCAGGGCUGAGCGUCAUGGAGGAGUUUCAGGCUUUCCUGAAGGGGGAGCUGGCGGCCGCCAAGCAGGAGAUCCAGGCCAACCAGGCUGUCAUCGCGGAGCUGAAGAAGGAGCUUUGCCAGGCCAGGGCCACCAUGUCCGACGUGAUCGGGGAGCUGAGUGAGAAGCAGAAGGCGGAGCUGGAGGAGAAGCGGGGCCUCGUGCAGAGCCAGGCCCAGGAGCUCGGCCUCCUCCGGGAGAAGCUGGCGGAGACCUCCAGGCGGCUGGGCCAGAGGGAGAGCCACCUCCAAGCCACCACGGAGGAGUUGAGGAAGGCCAGGGAGAAGGUGAAGGAGCUGCUGGCGCAGGAGGCGAAGGCCGGGGAGCCGGCCAGGGUUCUGCAGCACAAGGGCGUGCAGACGGUGGGGGCCCUGCAGGACGAGACCCCCCCUGCUGUAAAGGAGCCCCCCCUCUUGUGCCUGGCCGACCUGGGCGCCAGGUGCAAAGGCUCCCGCCACGAGGAGGUCAUCCACCGCCAGAAAGGGGCCCUGGCCGAGCUGCGCAAGAAGCUCCGGAAGCUGGAGAAGGUGCCUUCAGACACGGUGGAGGGACUCGGUCCGGCUCGCCUGGCCUUGAACGGGGCCACGUCUUUCCCCCCUGCAGAGGCGAAGAAGUCGGAGCCGCUUCUGGUUGUCCGGAAAGGGCCGGCAGAGAAGCCAGAGCAGGCGAAGGGAAAGGACCCCACCACGGUGCUGACGGUGGCAGUGGAUGCCCACCAGCCUCCAGCUGGGCCCUCCGGCAUCGACCCCAACGUGGCCACGGAGAGGACUGCAAGGCUGCAGAUGGCGGAGGCGCUGGACCUCAGCGAGCACCUGUACCUCAGCCUUGUUCGGGGCCUCUCCGGCCUGAUGGACGUGGAGCAGCUGAUGGGCCUGCGGACCCUCAAGCACCUGCCCCAGGCCGAAAGGGAGAAGGUGGGCCUGCUGCGCCAGAAGGACCUGGAGCUGCUGCUGGACAGGAUCGGCAAGCUGAAGACCCGCCUGGAGAGGAAGGAGUCCCUGCUGAAGGAGUACGAGGGGGACGCCGGGCACCUCAGGAGCAACAGGCACAGCCUGCAGGCCUGCCAGUCGGAGGCGGCCAAGCUGGCCGACCAGGUCCACAGGGACGCGGAGGAGAAGGCGCUGCUGAAGGAGGCGCUGGAGAGGACGCGGCUGCAGCUGAGCAAAGAGAAGAGGCUGAACAAGGCCCUCAAGAAGCCCAAGCUUCUGGCGGUCCCGUUUCUGGACCAGCUCUCUGCUUCCCACCUGGUCUUGGCCACAGGCACAGGGCAAGCCGCCACAGGGCUAGGGGCGGCAGGGACCACCCGAAACGGGAGGCAGAAGAAGAGCCCUCAUCCCACACCAUUAGCCCUCUGCGCCCGUCCGUGGGUCCCUCUGGAAGUGCCCUCUGAGGCAGUCUGCUGCCAGAAACCCACCCAGCCCAAGGCAAACCCGAUCCGGGCAAAAAGGCUGGUCAGCUGGCAAGUUCUCCGGAGGGCGGAGAAGGAACAUCUGCCCAACCUGCCCCAGGAGACGGGCCUUCCCAGAGAGCGGGCCUGGCCGCCCUGCGCCUUCCAUGAAAGGACACCGGAGAAGUAA